AUGAGCGUUGACAAGAAGCCACCAAGCGAAGAUAUUUUAAAUGAAAAGGCAAUCAUUAAUUUUUACCAUAAAAAAAAUUGGAUUACAAGAUUAAUUAUUUUAUGCAUUGGUCUCAGUGUUGGAAUCGUUGCUUCUGCCCUUAUAUUUAAAAGGAAAUCUUGGCCUAUUGCAAUAUCGACCGGUUUCGGUAUUGGUGUUUCCUAUGCAGAAUGUCAAAAAACUUUCAACCCUACCGCCAUACCAGGAGCAAAAAUAAUUAAAAAUUCAUCUAAUACAUCAGAAUGA